AUAUGCAUACCAACUGCGAAGGGGAGAGAGAGAGAGAGAGAGAGAGAGAUGAGAAGAGAGAGGCAUCCUUUGUUGAGGGGAGGGAGAGGAGGAGAGAGAAAAUACAGUCACACGUUUACAAGAGGUGAGAUACAAUUACUGGGUAGCGUUUGUGAGACUAUAUUGCCUCCUUUGCCAUUGAAUUCUUUGGAGGGAGAGGAAGACCAACCCACCAAGGCUGUGGAGUCCUUCAUCAAAGCUUCUGGGUCUCAAACUCCAGUCCCUGAUCAGGUUGCAGAGAUUCUUGCGAAGAGGGACGUAAAAGAAAUUGCGUUAUUAGUGAGAGUGGUUUUAUGGUUGCUGGGGACUAGGUUGGGCACCUUGUUGCUCUGUGGAUCUCUUUGUUUUUGUGAGAAAUGGCCCUUCAUUCACAACUUCUCUCGUAUAUCCUUGGAGAAGAGGGAGAAAGUUCUGCAGAAAUGGUCUACGAAUAGAUUUCUGACACCUAUCAGAUGUGCUUUCGUUUUCAUCAAAGUCUUGUGCCUCUUCGUCUUCUUCUCUACGGUGGAUGAAAAUGCUGUAAACCCAGCAUGGGAAGCCAUUGGAUAUCACGUGGACAAUGAUGAGGACCCAUCUGAAGUCCCCAAAAAGAGGCCUCUUGAGAAGGGAAUGGUAGAAACUAUGCACGAAACUGACUCAACCCUUGUGCAUUCCCUUGCCCAGAAAGGCAUCAAAGCUACACUGGACCCCAGAGACAACCUCUUCAAAAUCGAAUGUGAUGUUGUAGUUGUUGGCUCUGGGUGUGGAGGAGGUGUUGCAGCUGCUGUGCUUGCAUGUUCAGGCCACAAGGUCAUUGUUCUUGAGAAAGGGAACUAUUUCACUGCUGCUGACUAUUCUUCUUUAGAGGGCCCUUCCUGGGAGCAACUAUAUGAAGCAGGAGGAAUCUUUCCGUCUGCUGAUGGGGGAACGUAUAUUCUGGCAGGUUCAACAGUAGGUGGUGGCUCUGCUGUUAACUGGUCAGCAUCUAUCAAAACUCCCGCUGAAGUGUGUCGGGAUUGGGCUGAGGACUGCAAGAUCCCACUGUUUGGGAACCCUGAAUAUCGUUCUGCAAUGGAUGCUGUGUGUUUGAGAAUUGGUGUAACAGAGAAUUGUGUAGAGGAGAGUUUCCAAAACCAAGUAUUGCGAAAAGGGUGUGAGAAUUUGGGCCUUAAAGUUGAUUAUGUGCCUCGAAAUUCCUCGGAGGAUCAUUAUUGUGGAUCUUGUUGUUAUGGCUGUACAAAAGGGAACAAAAAAGGGACUGAUUCUACGUGGCUUGUGGAUGCAGUGGAUCAUGGUGCAGUGAUCUUAACAGGAUGUAAAGCUGAGAGAUUCAUACUGAAAGAGAAUAAGAGUGGAAGCAAACGAGCAAAGAAAUGCCUGGGAGUUGUAGCAAAGACUAUGACCAAAAACAUCACAAAGAUACUGCAGAUUGAGGCCAAAGUAACCAUCUCCGCAUGUGGGGCUCUUUUAACACCCCCUCUAAUGAUAUCUAGUGGAUUGAAGAACCACAACAUUGGUCGCAACCUUCAUCUCCACCCUGUUGCUAUGGCCUGGGGAUACUUUCCAGGAUCAAAUACAGAGCUCAAGGGUAAAAGCUACGAGGGUGGAAUAAUCACAUCCGUCCAUAAGGUGGUAGAGGCAGACUCAAAUGUAAGAGCCAUUAUAGAAACUCCAGCAUUAGGGCCGGCAUCAUUUUCUGUUUUAUGUCCUUGGGAAUCUGGACUAGACAUAAAGAAAAGGAUGGUGAAGUAUGCAAGGACUGCUCAUUUGAUUACCAUAAUCAAGGACUCGGGCUCUGGAAAUGUUAGGGUGGAGGGAAGGGUAAACUACAGAUUAGACGCAUCAGACAGAGGAAACCUCAGGGCUGGAUUAAAGCAGGCAUUAAGAAUUUUGGUAGCAGCAGGGGCUGUUGAGGUGGGCACCCAUCGGAGUGAUGGCCAGAGACUCAAAUGUAAAGGAAUUAGCGAAAAGGAAGUGGAGGUGUUUCUGGACACGGUGUCUGCUGUGGAAGGGCCAUUGUCACUUGUAGAGAAUUGGACACCACUUACCUCUGCCCAUCAGAUGGGGAGCUGUAGAAUGGGAAUUGAUGACAAAGAAGGCGCGGUUGAUGUGAAUGGGGAAAGUUGGGAAGCUAAAGGCCUAUUCGUUUGUGAUGCUAGUCUUCUGCCAAGUGCUGUUGGUGUCAAUCCCAUGAUCACCAUCCAAUCAACUGCUUACUGCCUUGCAAAGAAAAUAGCUGAGUCCAUACAAAAAGUACCCUUUUAAAUUGGGAUGUAAACGUUGGUAUAAACUUGACUUUAAUACGAUUAGUUUAAUAAAUGAGUCGACAGUACAUACAAAAUUAUGCUCGAUUAUUAAACGAGCUUAUAUAGUAUAUACUAGAUUGUAUAAA